AAACCACAUCUUUGCCAUCGAAGAAGACACACACACACGCUAACAAAUUAACAAUCCUCUCUGUAGUAUAUAAAAAACUAAAACUAUCUUCACCAUCUCAAAUCAUCUCUCUUUUUACAGUUAUACCCUUCUUCUUCCCCAACUCUCUCAUUUUCUCAGAAAUCACCAUGGAAGUCGCUGUCCUUCAUCCUCGUGAUUGUCUAAACGAUCUCUUCUCCACAAACAACAACGUUCCCACUCCUCACCGUCAGAAAAAACCGGUAAGAAAUCGCCGUCGCCGGAGUCCGCCACGUCAUCAAACCACGAUCCCUCCUCCUUCUCGUCCUCUGAACCACGCAAAUCCUGUGAGAAUUUUGAAGCGCGGCAACAACGUUAAGAUACCAGAUCUAGCGGUUGAAAAGCCAGAUCUGAAAUCUAACCGUCGGACCGGGACAGAUCCGGUUAUGAUAUCGACUCCGAUCAGAGUUUCUACGAAUCGGAACUCGACGCCGGCUUUGUUUUACGCUGGUCCAGUAACAUCGACAUCUCCGCCGCCGAGUGAAGUCCCUUUACCGGCGUUCUUCGCUAAGAAAAGCGUCUCUGUGUUCAAACCAACCGAUGCAACCAACGAUCUCAUCAGAAUCCUACGCCUAGAUAUCGCGUGAUUCAUUUCUGAUUUCUUCCCUCUGAUCGUUCAAAUAAACAGGUCCGAUCUCGCAUCAUCCGGAAGUUAGAAGAUGCAGAGACAUCUUCGUAAUGGAAAAAAUUUCGAAUUCUUCUCUUAUUUUUUCAAGGGGAAAGAUCGAAAUUAUCUUCUUCUUCAACAAGUCUUUAAGUUUCACUUCUAGGGUUUAGUAUUGUAGUAUAUGUGAAUAGGCUUUUCGCAUUUCUUUUAAGUCUAUUUUGAAUAAUGGGUUGUCUUCAGAGUUUCAUAAUGAUCUGUUAAGUGUGAUUUCAGGUUUUAAGAAAAGAUGUGGUUUUUACUGUCCAGUGGUAUCCGAUGUUAUAUGUAAUCGUUUGUUAGUGAAGAAGGUAUAUCAGACUUCAUAGAUUUGCAGUUUGUUCAA